UUUACUAUUUAGAGUUAAAAUAUGGUACUUUGAGAAAAUGUUGAAUAAAAUUUUUCAAAUUUCUAUUUAUAUACUAGUUUCAUUAAAUUUUGUGGUUAUAUAUUCCCUUACAAUUCGUCAAAUAAAUGAUUUCAAUAAUAUUACAAAUGUGUCUUUAACAAGUGACAUGGAAUUAAUGAUGAUUUCAGAAGAAUUAUAUAAUAAAUUUUCUUAUGAAUUAUCGAAUAAUGUAUAUAUAAAUUAUCAAGGACAAAUAAACUUUAAUAAUUUUAGCGAUAAUGCUCCACAAAGAUUGUUAAAUAUAUCAUCUAAUGUAUUUUCAAUAUCAAUGAUAAAAUCUUUUGUAAAGCUAUUUGAUAACUAUGAAUUGGAUACUUAUCAGCCAGAAGUUCUAACAAAGACAAAAGAUUCUGAAGAGAAUGAAUUUAUUGAUGAUUUAAUGAAAACAGAUAUAAUGUUACAUGUUAUGUCCUUUUUGUCAGUCAAAGGUUUUUUUAAAAAUGACAUACAAGUUCAUAAAGAUAUCCUAAAACAAAUUUGGUUUCAUUUAUAUUCUCGGAGUAAAAAUAUAAAUGGUUCCUCUGGAUUUGAACAUGUAUUUGUAGGAGAAAGAAAACCACGUAGAGGUAUUAUAGGGCUUCAUAAUUGGAUUUUCUUUUCCUAUGGAGAAUUAUCAAACAAAAUUAAUUAUUUUGGAUUUGGCCACUGGAAGAAAUUUGUUAAUAAAGUUGUCAUUCUAGAAAUAUAUUUCACUUAUACUGGAAAACGUAAAAAAUCAACUAUGUUCAUUGGAACCACCCCAGAAUUUGAAAUAGCACUUUAUACACUUUGUUUUUUUACAAGACCAAAUAAAAGGUGUCAACUGUUUUUUGCAGGAUUUAAAUUUUAUAUUCAAACAUAUAUAUUGCAAAAUAAGGGUACAAAAUUUGUUGGGACUGCUUUUCCUAUGUUAAGAUAA